GGCAGUUCUUCACUUCGUUUCUCUCCCAGUUGCCCAGUGGGACAGUUGGGUCUCAACACCUCAAGCCGCUCCAUCCUACCACAAUCCAGUAAACCAGCCAUGAGCAAGUCCUAUUCCUCCUCGGCCCAGUCGGCCUCCUCAUACCGUCGCACCUUCGGCUCCGGCAUCGGGUCAACCCCGAUGUCCUCCCUCUUCUCAUCUGGAGGAGGAGGCCGCAGCUCCUCUGCAAGCCACAUGUCUUCCAGAGUUUAUGAGGUCAAGAACGUCGGCAUUCCCUCCUAUUCCGGCUACCGUGUGUCCUCUGGUGCUGGUGGAGCAGGGUACGGCUCCUCUGCAGCAGUGCGCACCUAUUCUGGUGAAAAACUCGACUUCAACCUGGCCGAUGCCAUGAACCAAGACUUCCUCAACACUAGGACCAACGAGAAGGCAGAGCUUCAGCACCUCAAUGACCGCUUCGCCAGCUACAUCGAGAAGGUGCGCUUCCUGGAGCAGCAGAAUGCAACGCUGACAGUGGAGAUUGAGAAGCUGAGGGGCCGCGAGGGGCCCGGCCGCGUGGCUGAUUUGUACGAGGAGGAAAUGAGGGAGCUGAGGAGGCAGAUAGAGACCCUCUCCAACCAGCGCGCCCGUGUCGAGGUGGAGAAAGACAACCUGGCUGAUGACCUGCAGAAACUGAAGCUCAGACUGCAAGAGGAGAUCCACCAAAAGGAAGAGGCUGAGAACAACCUUUCUGCCUUCAGAGCUGAUGUUGACAAUGCCACUCUGGCCAGGCUGGACCUGGAGAGACGCAUUGAGAGCCUGCAAGAGGAGAUUGCCUUCCUUAAGAAGAUCCAUGAAGAGGAGAUCCGUGAGUUGCAGGGUCAGAUGCAGGAAACUCAGGUGCAGGUCCAGAUGGACAUGUCUAAACCCGACCUUACUGCUGCACUGAGGGACAUCCGCGUGCAGUAUGAGGGCAUCGCUGCCAAGAACAUCGCAGAGGCUGAAGAAUGGUACAAGUCCAAGGUGUCUGACCUGAGCCAGGCUGUGAAUAAGAACAAUGAUGCACUGCGUAACGCCAAGCAGGAGAGUAUGGAGUACAGGCACCAGAUCCAGUCCUACACCUGUGAGAUUGACUCACUCAAGGGCACUAAUGAGUCUCUGCUGCGCCAGAUGAGAGACAUGGAAGAUCGCAUGACCCGGGAGGCUUCUGGUUACCAGGAUACUAUCUCACGAUUGGAGGAAGACAUUAAUAAGAUGAAGGAUGAUAUGGCUCGUCACCUGAGGGAGUACCAGGACCUCCUUAAUGUGAAGAUGGCCCUUGACAUUGAAAUCGCCACCUACCGCAAGCUGCUGGAAGGAGAGGAGAGCAGGAUCACUGUGCCUGUCCAGUCUGCUUAUUCCUCUAUUGGAUUCAGAGAGACGAGUCCGGAGUCCCAGCAGCAGCGCUCCUCAGAGGUUCACUCCAAAAAGACUGUUCUUAUCAAGACCAUUGAGACUCGCGAUGGAGAGAUGAAUUAUUCUUUGAGCCAGGGCACUAACGCCCAGUCUGUUGUUAGCGAGUCCACACAGCAUCAGCAAGACAUCAUGUAAAUCGGAGGAGGCGGUGUUAGAAACACUACAUGUGAUAAAUGAAUACAACAAAUAGAACAAAAAUGGACAUUUUACUA